CCCACCCAAAUCAAGGGAGCACUGCUCGCUCUCUCCCCGUCCGCCCCCCUACCCUCUACUCCCGGCCUCGACAUUACCCCAGAGCUCUGCUAGUUUAGAGUAUAGUAGCGUUUUCGCUGUUCGAUAGCAGCAGAAGGAUUCGGCACGAAAGGGACGGGAAAUCAAUCAAAUAUAUCCGUCAUGGAGGUUGUUGCACCUCCCACCGAUGGGCUCGCCGCCCUGCCUCCGCCGGAGCCGGAGAAGCAAAUGCCCACAAUCCUGUGCUGCAUGUGCUCUCUUCCCAUCCCGCCCAACCCGACGUCGAUGUGCGUCCUGUGCAUCAGGACACAAGUUGACAUCACGGAGGGCAUUGCCACCAACCUCACCAUGCACCAGUGCCGCGGGUGCCAGCGCUACUUGAGGCCUGGGUGGGUGGAAUGCAAGCUCGAGUCUCGGGAGCUCAUGGCCGUGUGCUUGAGAAAGAUCAGCGGCUUGAAGAAGGUCAAGCUGGUGGACGCCUCCUGGAUCUGGACAGAGCCUCACAGCCGACGGCUCAAGGUCAAGCUCACGGUCCAGAAGGAAGUCGGUAACGGUGCGGUACUGCAGCAGGCGAUGGUGGUGACGUUCGUGGUGCGGAACCAGCAGUGCGAUACCUGUGCAGCCGCGUUCACGAACAACACCUGGACGGCGGUGGUACAAGUCCGGCAGAGGGUGGACCACAAGAGGACCUUCUUCUACCUCGAGCAGCUCAUCCUCAAGCACAACGCGCACAGCCAGUGCACCAACAUUCAGACGUUCAAAGACGGCAUGGACUUCUACUUUACUGAGAAAAGCCACUCCGCGCGCUUCGUUGAUUUUUUGGAGGGGGUGGUGAAGCACAGUAAGAAGCUGGUAUCGGCGGACAACCACUCCAACAUCUUCAACUUCCACUACACCUACCUUGUGACCUUGGUGCCGGUGUGCAAGGACGACCUGGUUCUGCUGCCGAAGCGCUUGGCGGAAUCCCUCGGCAACAUCUCGCGGCUGGCGGUCGCGCAGAGGAUAACGAGCGCGGUCCAAUUCGUCGAUCCCUUGACCGCGCAAACGGCCGACGUUACGGAAGAGAAGUACUGGCGGUACGAGUUCCCGUCGCUACUGAGCAGCACCCGCUUGGUCCCGUACGUGGUGCUCGGCACGGAGCCUCUUCCAGAGAAAGCGCGCCCCUCGGCACCCCGCCGGGGACACCGUAUCCGCAAGGCCCGCGUUGCAGAGGUGGAGUUGGCCCGAGAGUGCGACCUCGGGCGAAAUGACGACCGCGUUACCGCCGUCUCGCACCUGGGGCACAUCUUAAGGGCGGGCGACACGGUGCUAGGAUACGACGUUUCUUCCGCCAACCUCCCGGAGGGGGAGGCAACGGGGGACCUUAAGGGACGCCUGCCGGACGUCGUUCUCGUACGAAAGGUGUACCCUCGGCAUGACAGGGAGGGGGGUGGGAAGGCGGACCGGCAUUGGAAGCUCGGGGAGUUGGAGAAGGACGGAGGCGACGGCGGAGGAGGGGGCGGGGUCAGCGAGAAGAGGGACGAGGCGGCCGCGGAGAAGGACUACGAGCGCUUCCUGCAGCAGCUCGAGAGCGACAAGGACAUGCGGCGGCAAGUUAACCUUUACAAGCAGGGCCUCGCUGCCAAGCCGGCGGUGGCUGAUGGGGACGGGGCGAUGGAAGACGUCGAAGAGAUGGAUGAGGAGGAGGUGCGGUUGGAUGAGCUGCUGGACGCGAUGACGCUUGACAACGCAAACGCCGGGCCGGACAGCGAGGAGGACCUGGGCGCCGCUAGCGCUAGCAUCUUCGAGGCGGGGGCAGCUCCGGCACCUAACGCAGAAUUGUUGUUGGACGACGACCCGGAACUGUAAUACGCUGUGGGCAAAAUGUGUUGUAUGUUUGUUGUCUGUGGCGUAAUUGUCGGGUGGUGUGGAGGGCGGAAUGUUAUCGUUUGCCUAGGGCAUGACCCACACCUGUUCGGUAGAGUUUGGGCGGGCUUACCGUGGUGCCGACAAGCCGCGGCAUACGAAAAUGCUUUGAUGAACCUUGAUCCUUCUCAGGUCAUCGUGUUUCUGUUGACGUUUUGGGGGGCGGUUCUUCGCCAUUCUGUGAACACAUUGGGUGAGUUGUUGGUGAACGUCGUAGAUAAGCAUGACCUCUUUCCUAUCCCCCCCCAUUUGUUGCACAAGUCGAGUGCUUGCUACGGUUCGCGAGCGGAGCGUAUGGAUUCAAUGCUCCAUGUCGUGUUACCGUUUUUUCAGGAUCGAUCCGCCACUUGUCGCGAUGUCGUGCGACUAUAACGCGUCCCGGAAUAUCACAACCAGUUCAAUGCAAACGAGAGAUCGUGUCUAUAGCAGUGUUCGAGUAUACUUGGGGCAACUUUGAGGCUCUGCCGACCCUCAUCGCAACGUUCUAGAACGUUCGGUGCUUGGAAUACCUACAUUCUGGGAAAGCAUGUUGAAGAAUGUUGUCCGGCGAGUUUAUCGGUCGACGGGGUUGUGUGUUUUUUUGGGUUGCGGCUGUAAAUGAAAUUCAGUGCAGAGGGGCAUUUCCUGCGCGGUACCGAGCUUCAAGCGCGACUGGGCGCAUGAUUGCUUGCCUUUCAUGACGGGCAGGACUCUG